AGUUGCUGCUCCUCACAACACCCCCUCCACCUCAGAGUGAAUCCUCCUCUGAGUUGCCCUUCUUCCUCCGAGCUCCUAUUCCUCCUGUUCCUGCGAGGCUCCAGACACCUCUUGCCUCUCCUCGGCUGAGUUUCAGAACGCACCGGUAGCUGGAGUUAGGAUUGACAAGUGUUUCCAAAGAAACCCAAAGAAGAGCCGAGCAGCCAUGAGACUGCUGACGGGGGCUGAACUGUGGCCCAUAGCCAUAUUCAUGGUCAUCUUCCUGCUUCUGGUGGACCUGAUGCACCGGCGCCAGCGCUGGACUGCCCGCUACCCUCCAGGCCCUAUGCCGUGGCCUGUGCUUGGGAACCUGCUGCAGAUGGACUUCCAGAAUAUGCCAGCGGGCUUCCAAAAGCUUCGAGGUCGCUUUGGGGACCUAUUCAGCCUACAGCUGGCCUCUGAGUCAGUGGUUGUACUAAAUGGGCUGACGGCCCUGCGAGAGGCACUGGUGAAACACAGCGAGGACACCGCUGACCGGCCACCACUGCAUUUCAAUGAUCAGCUGGGCUUCGGACCACGCUCUCAAGGUGUGGUCCUAGCACGGUAUGGGCCUGCCUGGCGUCAGCAGCGGCGCUUCUCUGUGUCCACCAUGCGUCACUUCGGCCUGGGCAAGAAGUCACUGGAGCAGUGGGUGACUGAGGAGGCCAGAUGCCUCUGUGCUGCCUUCGCUGACCAGACCGGAUGCCCUUUCAACCCUAACACCCUAUUGGACAAAGCAGUGUGUAACGUGAUCGCGUCCCUCCUCUACGCCUGCCGCUUUGAGUACGACGACCCACGCUUCAUCAGGCUACUGGGCUUUUUGAAGGAAACUCUUAAGGAGGAAGCUGGAUUCCUACCCAUGCUCCUGAAUGUGUUCCCGAUGCUCCUGCGCAUCCCAGGGCUGGUUGGCAAGGUCUUCCCUGGGAAAAGGGCCUUUGUUACCAUGUUGGAUGAGCUGCUGACUGAGCACAAGACGACCUGGGACCCUGCCCAGCCACCCCGAGACCUGACUGACGCCUUCCUGGCUGAGGUGGAGAAGGCCAAGGGGGAUCCUGAGAGCAGCUUCAAUGAUGAGAACCUGCGCACGGUGGUGGGCGACCUGUUCUCUGCAGGAAUGGUGACCACCUCAACCACACUGUCCUGGGCCCUGCUGCUCAUGAUCCUGCAUCCAGAUGUGCAGCGCCGAGUACAGCAGGAAAUCGAUGAAGUCAUAGGGCAGGCGCGGUGUCCAGAGAUGGCAGACCAGGCUUGCUUGCCCUACACCAAUGCUGUCAUUCAUGAGGUGCAGCGCUUUGCAGACAUUCUCCCUCUUGGUGUGCCUCACAAGACUUCUCGUGACAUUGAAGUACUGGGCUUCCUCAUCCCUAAGGGGACGUCCCUCAUCACCAAUCUGUCCUCCGUGCUGAAGGAUGAGACUGUCUGGGAGAAGCCCCUCCGCUUCUAUCCUGAACACUUCCUGGAUGCCCAGGGCCACUUUGUGAAGCAUGAGGCCUUCAUGCCAUUCUCAGCAGGUCGCAGAUCAUGCCUGGGAGAGCCCCUGGCCCGCAUGGAGCUCUUUCUCUUCUUCACCUGCCUCCUGCAGCGCUUUAGUUUCUCAGUGCCCGAUGGACAGCCCCAGCCCAGCGACCAUGGCAUCUUUGGGGCUCUGACAACUCCAUGCCCCUACCAGCUCUGUGCUUUGCCCCGCUAAGAGAAUGUAUGACAUCUCAUUCACUGUGCUUGCUGGGGUCCUAAUGUGCAAUAGAGCAUUUUACUCUACACUAAA